ACUGAUGGGAGCGCAAGCUUCCUACGGGCGGCGAGGGCGGGGAACUUGGAAAAAGUGUUGGAGUUCCUCAAGACCAAUACUGACAUCAACACCUGCAAUGCUAAUGGCCUUAAUGCCCUGCACCUCGCUAGCAAAGAGGGACAUGUUAGUGUUGUAACUGAACUGCUGCAACGAGGUGCAAAUGUCGACGCAGCUACCAAGAAGGGCAACACAGCCCUCCACAUCGCCUCUUUGGGAUGGCUUCACCCCCCUGGCAGUGGCUUUGCAACAGGGACACGAUAAGGUUGUGGCAGUUCUUUUGGAGAAUGACACAAGAGGCAAGGUGCGUCUUCCUGCUCUACACAUUGCUGCCAAGAAGGAUGACACAAAGGCUGCAGCUCUUCUUCUUCAUACAGACCACAACCCUGAUGUAACCUCCAAGUCAGGAUUUACACCUCUUCAUAUUGCAGCCCAUUAUGGCAACGAAAAUAUUGCGAAUCUCCUCAUUCAGCGCGGAGCUGAUGUAAAUUAUGUUGCAAAGCACCAGAUUACGCCCCUCCAUGUGGCAUCGAAAUGGGGUAAAGGAAAUAUGGUGUCACUGUUGAUAGACAAGGGAGCUAAUUAUGAGGCCAAGACUCGGGAUGGCCUCACACCCUUGCAUUGUGCUGCAAGAUCUGGUCAUGACACUGUUGUUGAUAUGUUGCUAGAGAAAGGUGCUCCAAUCACGAGCAAGACAAAGAAUGGGUUGGCUCCCCUCCACAUGGCGUCGCAAGGUGAUCAUGUUGACGCAGCUCGUAUCCUCCUCUACCACAAAGCACCUGUUGAUGAUGUCACUGUAGAUUUCCUCACUGCUCUCCAUGUGGCUGCUCACUGUGGGCAUGUGCGAGUGGCAAAGCUGUUGCUGGACCGAAAGGCUGAUCCUAAUGCCCGAGCCCUCAAUGGCUUUACUCCACUUCACAUUGCUUGCAAGAAGAACCGCAUCAAGGUGGUGGAACUGCUUCUUAAGCAUGGUGCUAGCAUUGAGGCAACCACAGAGUCGGGUUUGACUCCACUUCAUGUAGCAUCUUUCAUGGGCUGCAUGAACAUUGUGAUCUACCUGAUUCAACAUGGAGCCUCUGCAGAUGUACCUACUGUUAGAGGAGAAACUCCUCUCCACCUUGCAGCAAGAGCUAACCAGACAGACAUCAUCCGCAUUCUGCUUAGAAAUGGUGCUCAGGUGGAUGCUAGAGCGCGGGAACAACAAACCGCUUUGCACAUCGCCUCCCGUCUGGGUAACAGUGACAUUGUUGUACUAUUACUCCAACAUGGAGCUGCUGUUGAUGCCACAACCAAGGACCAUUACACUGCCCUGCACAUUGCUGCCAAGGAGGGUCAGGAGGAGGUGGCUAGCGUACUCCUUGAGCAUGGUGCCUCCUUGACCUCCACCACAAAGAAAGGUUUCACACCUCUUCAUUUAGCAGCUAAAUAUGGUAAUAUGAAGGUAGCCCGCCUGUUGCUGCAAAAGGAUGCCCCUGUUGAUGCACAGGGGAAAAAUGGUGUUACGCCUCUUCAUGUGGCAGCACAUUAUGACCAUCAGAAUGUUGCCCUACUACUGCUGGAUAAGGGUGCAUCUCCCCACGCCACAGCUAAGAAUGGUUACACUCCUCUCCACAUUGCUGCUCGCAAGAACCAGAUGGACAUUGCAACAACGCUGCUUGAAUAUGGUGCAAGUGCCAAUGCUGAAUCUAAGGCUGGAUUCACACCUCUACAUCUUAGCUCCCAGGAGGGACAUACAGAUAUGGCAACACUCUUAAUUGAACACAAUGCUGCACCAGGAGCCUGUGCAAAGAAUGGACUAACUCCUUUGCAUCUGUGCGCACAAGAGGAUCGUGUCAAUGUUGCCGCUAUUUUGGUGAAGCAUGGAGCCCAGAUUGAUCCAGCAACAAAGGCUGGUUAUACACCACUGCAUGUUGCCUGUCACUUUGGGCAAAUGAAUAUGGUGCGCUUCUUGCUACAGCAUGGUGCCAAGGUUGAGUCUUCAACACAACUUGGGUACACUCCUCUCCACCAAGCAGCUCAACAAGGCCACACUCAGAUUGUCAACUUGCUCCUCGAAAACAAGGCUGAGCCUAACGCAGAAACAAAAGACGGCAAGACGGCUCUAAGCAUUGCACAACGUCUCGGCUACAUUUCUGUAGUCGAGACACUGAAGAUUGUGACAGAAACGACCAUUACUACUACCACCACGACUGUCACAGAAGAAAAGUACAAGGUGGUUGUGCCCGAGACAAUGCACGAGACCUUUAUGAGUGAAUCAGAAGAUGAAGGAGGUGACGACAAUCUGGUCUCCUCCAUGUUUGGUAAGCAGCAGCACGUCACGCUCCCGUUCUAUGAAGGACAGUUACGCUACACCAGUGAUGAUACAAUGCUUGGGGACCAGUCGUACCGUUACCUGACAGCAGAUGAAAUGAAGUCUCUGGGAGAUGACUCUCUUCCUAUUGAUGUCACCAAGGAUGAGAAGAUGGAUGUAUCCUUCAUCAGCAACACAAUGGCAGCUCCUCCAGUGGCCCCUGUAGACCAGCUUAGCCCCCAGCACCAGAAGGAACAACAGUAUGCCCAGUACACCGGUCACUAUCCCUCUGAUAAUGUGGACAUUGCUAAGACUCCUAUACUUGCCGGGCCGGAGUCUCUCAACACCACCCUCAACACAACCAUUGACUCAGCCAUGAUCGAGUCUCAGAUCAUCCCGACUCAGGUAGCAAAUCAGUUAUCUGCCCAAGUGAACCAGACUCAGGUGCAACAGCCUGUAGGUCAGAGUGCCAAGGGUCAGGUCCCUGUAGACCAAGAUUCAGUACCUGAGAAGGCUGCAGAGAUUCUCAGUGGGUGGGAAGGAGUGAGCCUGAACAGCCUGGCGUCCUGUCUGUCAGCAGGGACCAACACCUCGGGCAUGUGGCGCGACAGAUUCUUGGUGAGCUUCAUGGUAGAUGCCCGGGGUGGGGCCAUGCGUGGCUGCCGCCACUCGGGUGUCCGUGUGAUUAUUCCUCCACGCAAAGCAGCUAUGCCCAUGAGGAUCACUUGCCGCUAUCUGAAGAAGGAUAAACUUGUUCAUGCACCACCACUCAUGGAGGGAGAAGCACUUGGUUCCAGAAUCCUUGAAAUGGGUCCUGCAGGUGCAAAAUUCUUAGGCCCUGUUAUUAUCGAGGUGCCACACUUUGCCUCCCUUCGUGGCAAGGAGCGUGAGAUUGUGAUCCUUCGCUCAGAUAAUGGAGAGACCUGGCGUGAACAUACACUGGAGGCCACUGAGGAAGCUGUGCAGGAGGUCUUGAACGAGAGCUUCGAUGGUGAAGAAUUGAAGCAACUAGAGGACCUCAAUACCAACCGCAUCACCCGCAUCCUCACAACUGACUUCCCUCAGUACUUCGCUAUUGUUACACGCAUCCGACAAGAGGUCCAUGCCAUCGGACCUGAGGGAGGAAUGGUGUCAUCAACAGUUGUACCACAGGUCCAGGCAGUGUUCCCCCAGGGAGCCCUCACCAAGAAGAUCAAAGUGGGACUCCAGGCUCAGCCAAUUCCAACCGACUUGGUGGCUAAGCUUCUGGGCAACCGCGUUGCUGUGUCUCCGAUUGUCACGGUGGAACCACGUAGACGCAAGUUCCACAAGCCCAUCACCCUGACCAUCCCAGUCCCACAAGCUUCCAGUAAGGGCAUGAUCAAUCAGUACUCAGGCGAGGCACCCACCCUACGUCUUCUCUGCUCCAUCACUGGCGGAACAACCCGCGCUCAGUGGGAGGACGUGACGGGCUCAACACCUCUCACUUUUGUCAACGAUUGCGUCAGCUUCACCACCACUGUCUCCGCCCGCUUUUGGCUCAUGGAUUGUAGUAACAUACCUGAGGCCACCAAAAUGGCCACUGAGCUAUAUAGGGAGGCCAUCCAUGUACCAUUUAUGGCUAAGUUUGUAGUCUUCAGCAAGAGACAUCAGCUGGAGGAGGCAAGAGUGCGGGUGUUCUGUAUGACGGAUGACCGAGAGGACAAGACCCUAGAGCAGCAAGAGCUCUUUGUUCAGGUUGCUAAAUCACGAGAUGUAGAAGUGUUGGAGGGUAAGCCUCAGUACCUUGAAUUUGCUGGCAACUUAGUUCCAGUCACUAAAUCAGGGGACCAGCUUGCAUUCAACUUCUAUGCCUUCCGUGAAAACCGCCUUCCAUUUACUGUACGUGUGAAGGAUCAACAUGCAGAUCCCAUCGGAAGGGUGGCCUUCAUGCGACAGCCCAAGGACGGGCGCUGGAAGAAGGCCUCGCUAAUGAGCUUGCUAAAACCCCCUGUGUUUCAGGUUGGGCGUGGUGACCCCCCUCAGACCCCCAUCUGUAACCUGAACAUUGCCCUGCCUGACAACAUCCAGCCUGAGCCUGCGCCCUCAGAACCUGACCUCCUCGCCCUGGAGAAGAAAUACUCCUUCCUCUCCAUUAGCAAAGCUGACACCAUCCACAAAGCUGACCUACGUCUCACAGACAUCUCUAACAUGCUUGGAACUGACUGGGUUGGCCUAGCCCGGGAGUUGGAGAUUAGUGACUCUGAUAUUAACAUCAUCAAAUCUCAGUACCCAGAUAAUGCCCCGAAACAAGCUAUUGUCAUGCUCAGACUGUGGAUGCAGACAUCGGGGAAUAAGGCAAAUGGUAACACUCUUGAGAAAGGACUGCGUAAGAUUGGCCGUGAUGACAUUGUGAACCAGUGUAUAUUUAACGUUGAACUGGUCACUGAUGACAUCGAAAGAGCAAUGGCCAAGGCUCACCUAGACCAGUCCGGCUUCGAUGCUUUCCGCUAUGAGCUAGGACCAUCAAGAGACACCACACUCAAUCGAGAUGUCUCCCUUGAUGUUUCAUAUGAUGAGCAAGAUAUGAUGAAAGAAGCGGAAAGUGCUGAAGAAGAGGAAGAAAACCAAAGAAGUUACCAGGACAAGACUCGUCGAGAGCAGCACACAGCCGACAUGUCUCCAACCUACGAGAGUGAGGAGAAGAAAUAUGCUGGGGAAGAGAAGAUUGUCACUGAGGAAAAGAUAACAAAGGAGGAAAUGAAAGAUGGUUCUGCUGUUACUGUAACAACCACCACUACUUCUGUGGUUGUAGAGCCUGUCACUGAGUCCAAGAAGGAAGCUAAGGAUGAGACAAUAAUCACUGAAAAAGUGGUUCCGGAAGACCAGAAGGCUCCUCCAGCAAAGGAGGCAGAAAAAGUGGAAGAUAAAGUGCCUAAACCUGAAAAGAAGGAAGAAAAGCCAAUUGUCGUGGACAAGGCAGAAGAGAAGGUAGUGGAAAAGGUUGAGGAAGUAGUGGUGGAGCAGAAAGUGGAGGAGAAGCCUGUAGUUAAGGUUGUAGAAAAGCCUGCUGAGGUUGGUGAGAAAGCUAAGGAUGCAUCAGAAAAGUUAGAGGAGAAGGCCCCAGAAGUCCCCCCUGCCUCACUGGAUGAGGCUCAGAAGGCUGGGACAACGACCGCGACAGAAGUCAUCACGGGCCCAGAUGGUACUACCACUUCCUCCACUACGACCACAACUGAAAGAAGAUCGUUCACCACUGCAGAUGAUGGCACUGUUAAAGAACAUAUUGUAAUUGAGAAGAAAACUACUUCCUUUGUUGAUGGAAUGGAGAAGGGUGAAGACAAGUCAGAGAUCCUUCUAAAACUUGGGGAGGAGCUAGGCAGACUGGAUGAGCAGUUGGAGGAGAGAUUCAAGGAGAAGAGAAAAGCAGUUGAACCUGAAGUGGCACAAGAAGAGGUGAGAGAGACUACAGUUGUGGCAAAGCGUCGUGAGGGUCAGGCCGAACCCACCUCACAGGUUGUGGUGGAACAUAGAUGGGUUCACUCAGGCGUCUGUCGAGUCUAGGCAGAUGUCCUCUACAGGAGGCACCACUGAAGUGAGCACGAAGGGCACAGCCAUCACUACUACACAACCUGUGAUUGGUGAUGAAACAGUGAUGCAGAUGGGACAAGCCUUAAUCCAGCAGAGGACGUCCCGGCCCGACAGCAGAAGGGCAGCCCAGGAUGUGCUUCAGUGGGACACACCUCUAGAAGACAGUGCUUACAAGAAACGACUGGAAGACGGUAAAGAGCAGGUGCUCUCCGAUGACUCAACAAAGGCUGGGCAUACAGAGGAACGUGGAUGUAGUCCAAUAACUGUGCUGGAGGCACGGCCUGAAGUGGACCAUGUUGUAACAAGGCCUCGAUCAAGGGCUGGCUCCCACACCAUUACCACCACUACAAGCUGGGGAGCACCAGUAACCACCACAACCAGCAUAGAAGUUGAUGAUGAUCAGUCUGCUCGCUGUCUACAAUUGACUCUACACUCAGAGAGUCGUGUUACAUUACAUGCUCCUGGUGGUGUUUGGGAGGGGUUACAUGGUGUUGAACAGCAGCAGGAACACCAAGAUGAAGAGCAGCAGCCACAUGAAGACAAACGUGUGGGAGACAAUGAUGUUCCAGCAGAGGCAUCACCUGAUGCAGGGCCUGUACAUAAGAGUGAAGGAGAGACCUCAACAGAACAGGAUUUCUAUGGCAAUAUCCACCAAGCUAAAGAUGCUCAUGAAUUAGAAAGCAAAGUACAAAUAAAGAAAUCUGAAUGUAGUCUUAGUCAAGGAGCAGAUGCUAUAGUAUCAAGCUCAAUAGGAGAAGUUAAUAGCACUGAAGCACCAACCUAUGAUCUUAUAGCAAAGGAAAAAAUAACUGAAGAUAUUGUUUUAGAUAGCAGUAAGAUAAAUGAAGAUAUCCAGCUUCCAUCCAGUACAGGUGCUCCUGAUGUCCAAGUAGAUUUAAGUAUGGAUGAAGUUCAAAUGCCAAUACUAAGCAGUAUAAAAGACAGUAUACCUGAAGGUUCAGUUCCAGAGACUGGAAGUGUACUUUCAGCUAGCAAAAUUAGUGUAUCAGCUGUAGAGAUUGAUAUUGCACAUGAAGAUAAUGCCUUGUCAGCAGAAUCAGUCAGCUCUGAUAAGGAGUUAGGAGAUUCAGCUACAGUAGAAACUGCAAAUAAAGUAAUGGCUGAGUCAGCACAAGAUGUUUUAGAGAUUGCCUCUCAGCCAUUAUCAGAUGAAGAUUUAGAAAGUGUCUCGCCUUCAUAUGAUAUUAAAGAAACAGAAUGUGCAAUCCCUGCAGUAUCAGGUGAUGACUCUGCCUCUCUAGUAGGUGAAGCCACAGCACCAUCAGCACACCGUCCAACGACUUUGAUGAUAACUUCGAAUUCAAACGAAUCAACUGACGAUGCAGAAUGCACGGCGAACGACCUUACCAAGCUUGGUAGGGAAGACGACAUCCCAAAGGAACUGAAGGAAGAAACAAGUGUAACUGAAGUGGAAAACUUAGAAGAACUAGGGAUGGGAGAGCUGGCAGUAAGUGAACGGCCUCCUGGAAGUGAGAGUGGCGCUGUGCCUAGGCCAGAGCGUCCUGCACGACCAGCACCUCGAACAACAACCUUGGUUAAGGUUAAAGUUGAGAAGAGGCCUAUUACCAGCCACCUUUUAGUACGGGAACGAUCCGUCCAUGAACACCAGCCAACAGUCCAUGUACCUUCAGUUGAAGAAGAAGUGCGUGGACUUAUGCAAGAAGUAAAAGAAGCAACUAGUCAGAUUAAGCAAGAAGUGAAGGAACUGCGCCAGGCAGACACACCUACUCCUGAUACCCCGACACCUCUAAGGGAAUUCAAAGAAUUCCUAAAUAGGGAAGAAGAACAGGAGCUGGAACGCUUGCCAACAAUCAAGGAGAUGUGUCGUGAAAGUGAGGAGGAUGCAUCUGGUACAGUAGGAGCUCCUAGUAUGUUUGGUAAACGCCCAGGAAUAGAGUCCUUCUUCUACAAAGGUUUUUUCCUCCCACAAGGGACCCAUGAGGCAACCCAGAUUGCUGAGCAUCAAACGACCACUGUCUCACAGGAACAAGCCUCCUCCGGACUCCCCACUCCGGGCACCAAGGCAGGCUCAGCACACGGCAAGAGUAAGCUAACAGAGGCAGAUCUGGCCGUGCUGGAAAGUAUGGUGAUAGCCCAGGAGGCAGAGGUGGAAGAAAUGGCUUUCAAGAGCAGUUACGUAAAAAAGGACAACAGCAGAAGCCAAAGGUUAAAGGUCAGAAGAAGCAGGAUCAAGCAAAAGGUCAGUUAGAACAAGGUAAAGUUGAAGAACAAGCACUGCUCGAUAAAGCACAAGGUCAGAUCCAUCAAAAGAUGACCAAAGGCCAACUUAAAGACAAGAAAAGUGUACAACCCGAGGUCAAGAGUGAGACACAAUCAAAAGUAGGUCAAGUUCAAGUUCAAGAGGGUCAAAAACAGCCAAGUCAUGUAGAAAGCCUGAUUCAGCCAACACAAACACAGCAGGUUCAGCUAGAAGGCCUGGCACAAUCAGUACAGGGACAAACUGAGAGCCUGAUUCAGCCAACACAUGUCAAAGAUCAGGCACAACAAGUCCAAGUAGAAGGCCUGAUUCAGCCAACACAAGAAGUCAAAGGUCAGGCACAAGUCCAAGUACAAAGCCUGAUUCAGCCAACACAAGUUAAAGGUCAGGCAGAAGUUCAAUCUGAAAACCUGUCACAGCCACCAUUAAUGAAAAGCCAGGCCCAAAAUCAGGCAGAAAGAAAAGAUCAAAUGCAGCAAGGUCAGGUAGAAUACAUCUUACAACAAACGUCAGGAUUAGUUCAGCAGCCUCAAACUGGAGAGGCAAUACAAGGACAAGUUGGACUAAGCCAGCAACUGAGAGUAAAUGGUCACCAACAACAAAUUCAGACACAAGUUCAGAGAGAAGGCCAGUUUCCACAAGAUAAAGUACAAGCUCUGAUACAGAGCCAAGGUCAAGUACAGACACUAAAACAGCAAGAGACAUCAAGCAAACAGAUACAACCUGAAGCAAAAACCAAGGUUCAGGAGUCGACCACCAGAGUCAUGUCUCCAGGGAAAGGCCAUACCAUUACAUUGGCCUCUGCAGCUACACCUGCUGGCAAAGAGAAACAACAAUUCGGUGACUUGACAAAACGUGUAGCAGAUGUGGCCUCUACAAUGGCCUCAACCUUGGAGAGCAUAACAGCCGUUGCAGAAGGCCUGGAGGGCAGUCAUCUGUCCAGCGAUGAAGGAGAGGAACAACUGAUGCUAAUGAGGGAUUCCCCUCGAUGGGAAGAUGAAGAAAUUCAAGCUGAAGAUACAGAUGAACCAAGAGCCAUCAAGGCUGAAAUUAAACUCUUAGUUAAAACUACUGAAGUCGGAAAAGAAUCAAUUGAGAUAAGAAGCAUUCGUGAGUUUGUAGAAUCUGAUGAAAAGAAUCUGGCUGGUUUUGGUGGUAUUGUUCCAUCACCAGUUCCAGAGGCAGGGCGUGUAACUCCCCAGGGUGACCGGGUGUAUACUCUACAAAGAGGCAGCCCCAGUGCACGUACCCCCAGCCCCAGGUUUGUUCGUCAGCAACAGUCAUCCCCAGUGUCAUCGUACAUUCAACCUACGCACGACGAGUUUGAUCUCAUGGCUCAAGUGCGAGACGGUGUCCUUCAUGGUGGUUGUCCUGAAGCACAAGGCAUGGACUGGGAGGGGAAAAGUGUAGACAGCAUGUAUACUGAAACUGUGGUGCAGGCUAGAAUCUCCAUGCUCCCUGCGGUGGACACCAGCGAGGGUGUCGCCCCUACCUCCUCUCCUACCACUACCCUUCCCUGCGCCACUCCUCAACCCUCAACUUCCCCUCAUUCGGACUUGACCUUCCAAACCUACGACCUGACACAACGGCCUCCUUAUUCCCACCUAAACCUGGAACCUUCCCAUCUGCAUGAAUCUCAUCUUGUCGAACCUCAGAGUUUCGACAUAUCUCCAUCUUCUGUCACUAAAUUGUCUGAUCCUCUCUUCUUAGAGAAAGGCUUUACAAGUGCUACUGAAGGUCUUUCCAAACUUGUAACAUCUCCCUCAGCUGCUUCUUUGCAGUCUGAAAGUGUUGCUCCAUAUACUGGGACUGAUGACAUGGCGGCUGCCAGUGUGACUUAUAAUACAAGUAGUGCUGUGUUGUCUAUAGGUCCAGUCUCGCCCACUGAAGACUCCAGUGAGGAUCAUGCAGAAAUUGAUCGCACAAGUACCGAACUUUCUCCAGACAGUGUAAGGUUUGAGCAAGAUAUGUUAGAGACAAGGACCGAGGAUGAGGCCCCAGAUUUAGAUGAUGAUAUGAUGGCAGGGUCACCUGUAUUGGGGCCAGAGUUAAGUGAAAGAGUUUUUUCUGUGGAAGCCACAGAAGACACAGACAUCACAACACCUAUGGAAAUGCGUGACUCUCACACAGAGCGUGAUGCUACUGCUUCAAACUUGGAAUCCGUCGAUGACAAAGAAGGCACUGAGGGAAAGUCAGACCUUAAAGACCAGUGCUGGGAUACUGAAGAUAAUAUCACAUGUUUAGCCCAAGAAACAGCUGAAAUUCACAGUAGAGUCAUAAAACUCCAAGAAAAGGUUCAGGCUCAAGAAGUUGACCUAACCACAGCAAAAUCAGAGGCUGAAUUAAUACUCAAUACAGUAGCAGACAUAAGAGAGGCUGUUAGUAAUGGGAAAGGUGAAUCAGAUGCACAGAAGAGCAAAAUGGCACAAGAUAUACUUGAUAGUAUAUCAUCUAUAUCAGAUACUGUUGCCAAAAUAAUACAGAACCUCAAUCCAUCAGAUGUAGAAACUUCAUCUCUCUUAAUGAAGGGAGAGACUGGAGUGACAAAGACUGAAUCCACUGUAAUAGAAGCCGGUUCACCUGAAGAAGGCAGCCCUUCUGACUCAAAUGUACGUGAUCAAACCUUUUCUGAUCUCUUGGAUUCAGAUGACAUCAAUCGCGAAAGCUUAGAGGAUGAGUUUGAGAAGUUGGCUGCUGAGAUGAGCCUCUCUCCAAAGGCAGAAGAGGCACUAGUACAUAAACCAGAAGCCACCAUGACAACUGUUCCUUCUGAUGCCAUAAUUUACCCUGUCUCUUCUUCUAUUAUUUAUCCCUCCAAAACUCCUGAUGCCUUACAGGCCACACAACGGGAACCAGAUGUGGGAGUGGUGUUUACAGAGCGUAAAGAGUAUGGGGGCGGGGUGAAGCCAUCUGCAGAGACGACAGGCGGACACUCGCACAUAUCACCUUCACCUGUUCCUCAUCCUUCCCCAUCCUCAUCCCUUACCACAGACCAAAAGAAAGCCCCAAGCACUAAACCAGUAUCUCAGGAGGAAGGGCAGCGACCCCCUGAUGAUAGUAUUACUCCAAGUCGACCAACAAGACGGCACGAACGAACGUUUUCUCAAGCAAGUAAUAUAUAUACUGGAGCCAUUCCAACUGAGACCAAACAAGAGGGAAAGAAAGGAGAUAAAGAAACUAUUCCAGAAGAAGUAGAUGGUGUUAGUGAAACCAUUAAACCAUAUUCAGAAAGAAAACAAUUUUGGGAGAGUGUUACAGGCCAAUCAUUUGAAGCCAAAGGUACUCAGUUGAUCAAGACAGAAACUGAAAGUGACACUGACACAACAGGUACAGAUGGCACAGUAGUGGAGCAACGGAUUCCAGAUAAGAAACCGUCUGUUGGAGAAAGUUCUGAUUCGGAAGCCGAAUAUUUAGCUCACAGGGAGAAGCCUGCUUUUUAUGAAAAUCAAGCAUUCAUAGGCACAGAGAAGAUUGAUGUCCCCAAGGAGGGUGAUAGAGAUGGAGCUGUAAGUCCAUUUGAAGUUCGUCGUAGGGUAGAAAGUCAAGACUUGCCCUCACCUGAAGAUAUAGCAUUUAAGGAUGUGUCUUCCAAGAGAGCACUCUUUGAAAAGGAGAUCAAAAGACAGUCCAUGGAGAUUGAGGAAAGUCAGUCAUGGAAACGGUCAUCAAAAGAGUAUGACGAGACAGUUGUCAUAUCUGAGGAAUCAGCAUCCAGCACACUUCAGAAGAAAGAAGAGAGGAAACAAACAUUGGAGGAAACAGUAGAGAGUGAAAAGGAUCUCUCCAAAAUGAAGAAAGAAACCAGAGAGGAUAUUGUAUCAAAAACAGAUGUUGAGAAAGUCGAAAGUGAGCAGAAGAAGGAUAAAGUUAGCAAGAAAGACGAUGUAUCUGAAAUUACAGAAUCCUCAAAGUUACUCAAAGAGAAAAUGCAAGUAAAGGAGAAAAAAUCAUUAUCUGAAGUUAGUACUGCUGAUAGUAAGGUAGUAACUCAGACUGAUUUGUUAUCAGAAAAGAAAGAGAAAGAAAGCACAGAGAAAGCAGGAAAAGUAAGCAUGGUUGACAAGAAGGUGAUAUCCCAAACAGAUAUUUCUAAAGAAAAAAUAGAGAAAGAAGUUUUAGAGAAAGCAGAGGAAGUAAUCCAUGAGAGUAGAGAAAAUGAAGGUGGAAUUUUAUCAAGAACAGUUUCCAAAUCAGAAGAGAAAGCAGAAAGCUUAUCAGAAGCCAGAGAAACAAUCCAGACAAGAUCCACAGAAGAUCAGGAUACAUCUCGAGAUGAGAUUACUGAAGAAGAUAUGACAAGAACAGAGGAAACAUCAGAAGAAGAGGCAGACGAAUUGAUGACAAAAGAAAAAGUAACUGUAAAUGUAACAGAGGAGACUCGACAACUUGGAGACACUCAUGAGACUGUAGUACGAGAAACGACCACAACACGAGAUGGUGAGCAGGAACAGAGAAUCAUCAAAGAGACCAAAACCCAGCAGACUGUGAUGGCCGAUGGGUCCACAGUCAAGACCACUUCAAUUACUACCUUUACAACACAACUUGACACGAAAGAGACUGACGAGUUUCCUGAGAAAACUAAAGUCAAAAAGGAAAUAUUUACAAAGGAAAUGACUGAUGAAACAUCUGCAUCCAUACCUGAAGAGAAGGAUGUAUAUAAAACCAUGACAGCAAAAGAGAAAUCUGAAGCCUUCGUAGAACAACGCAUGAAGUCGGACAUUUUUUCACAAGAGCUUUCUUCCUCAGCAGAGGAUCAGAGCCCUGAACACAAGGUUAUUACUCCAAAGGAAACUGGAGCUCCAGUCUCUUUACAAGCAAAGACUGCUGAACAUCCACUUACUAGUCCAAUUAGAGUACCAGAGGAGAGUGUCCAGGAAAUUGUAUGGGAAGUAUCUCAGGAGAGGUCAGAAACAGUUUUAUCUGAGACUGUAGAAGACAUUCCAUCACAUCAACCCUUUGAAUCUCACCAGGUGAAGGAAAUUCCACGAGCGGAACAAAGGAAACCAGCAAAACCACACAGAAAAUCAUCUGGCUCUACUGAAGGUAGACUGAGUGAAGAAGAGGCACGAAAACUUGCUAUAGAAAUUGUUGAAGAAGUGAAAAUGGAAGCUGUUAAAAGAUCACCCAUUGCACCGCCAGCAGAAGAGUUUGGAGAAAGUGAUGGAGCUGCAAAACCACCAUUUCCAAGACCUAGUCCAGAAUCAGCCUUUACAGAAGAAACAACCACAAAAAUUGAAAAAUACAUCCAAGAACAAUUAGGAGAUGAUGUUGAUGAGAAACAGCUCAAAUUAAUUGAAUCUGUUACUGCCAGAAAAACGGAGAUGUUGCACAAAAAGAUGAUUGGAAGUGAAUACCAGCAUAGCAUGGAAAUUACCGAUGAAGAUCUGCGAUCUAGUGGAGCUGAACUCUCACCCAUCGAACACCAAAUGGAGAGGCUCCGCCAAAUGACUGAAGAGGAUGAUACCCAGCGAUAUGCCAGAGAACCUUCUGAGGCAGAUGAAAGUGAGAGCUCCAUAAUCAUUCAUGAGACUGCAGAUGACGUCAUGUCAAGUGAAUAUGAUCAGGCAAACCAAAUGAUCACAAAGACAUUAGAUGCCUUGAAAACUGCAGAACUAGGUAAGGUAGAAAGGCCAAUAGACACAAUUAAAGAAGUGCCAGAAACAACUGUACUCACAGCUGUUACAGAAACAAGAGAUGUGACAGUUGCAGAGAAAACUGAUUUUGCUAAAUUGACCAAGCUAGAAGUCCAAGAGACUGCUAGACAGUUGGUUAAGGAAGUAACAGAGAAAGCCCAGGAAUCAGAAGCAGUGAGGCAGGCAUCUCUAACAGCAGCAGAACUCCGUCAAGGUUCUGGAAGUCGGGAGCACAGUCGUACACCAAGCCCAAAGCCAGGUUCCCGAAAAGGUUCUUGGAUGGAUGACGAGGAUCUGCGACGUGAAUUCCGUAGAGAUUAUGAAGACAAAAAAAAAAUGUUCAAAGAGGAAAUGACAUCUGAUAAAGAUGUUUUCGAGGAAGGGUCUGCAAAAGAAUCAAAGGAAAUGAAAGUAUCACAACAGAAGAGUAGUGACAGAGAAGUUCACAUGGAGUCUAGCAUGACAGAGAGCAUGGAAGAGUCAAGCACAGUUGAAAGUGUACGUUCUAUAGAAGGUAAAAUCAGAGCAGAGGUUAUUACAUCUGUAGUGAAGGAGGUCAAAGAAGUUGAGACUGAAAAAAAGGAAGAAGUUGUUAUGAGAAAAAAGGGUCAUGUUGAAGAGUUUAACCGAAGAUCAGGUACAGAUUUCGAUGCUUACUCUAGUUCUGGAGAAAGCCACUAUUUCACAGCAGCUGAAGGCACUUCUGACAGCCGCACUGCAAGCAGACCAUGUUCAUCAGAUGUGGAAGCACUCAUUUCUGAGCGGACCACAGGCACCUCUGAAUAUGAUACUGCACUCACUUCACAAGAUGCUUCACAAUAUUCGUCAUAUUCAACUUCCUCACAAGAUUAUCGUACAGCAGCCAGCUCAAUAAGUUCUAGGGAUUCAAUGAAAUCAAUUGAUUCUGAGAGUUCUGGCCAUCUUGCUAGCUUUGAACUAAGUGAAGCUUCAGAAACCUUAGUACCCUCUGCAGCAGAGUUAGAGAAAGAUAUGGAUCUUCUUGACCAAGAUGCGGCUGAUGAAGAGAUCUCUCAUUCCCACCAUACUGUCAUCCCACAAUUAACAAUUCAGUCUGACACACCAAAAUCUGAAGAUGCACCAGGAUCCUUCGAAGUUGAAUCAGAUGAUGCUGAAUUUGAACAAGAUGGUAAAGAUACUGAUAGUUAUACUACAUCUAAAAUGAAAAGAUCUAUUGAAAUGACAUUUUAUCCAGAACCUAAACCCUUAAGCACAGAUAAGAAAGGUAGUGUAACAGAAAGUGUAGCUUCAAGUUUAGAAGAGAGUACUGUUUCAGAGGUUUCUAUGGCCACUGUGGUAGAACAGGAUAAAAGCAUGCAAGGAUCUACUACCACCGACUCUAACAUGACAGCAUCAAGUGUGUCAGAGCAGAUGGUGUCAUCAGUCGGUCAGGAUUUUGAUCAUCAGGUAACUUGUACAGACAGUGGAGUUUUGACAACAGAUACAGGUGAUGGAGACAUGACCUUGCAUUCUGUUACCAUUACUGCAACAUCAGUUCCACCUUCAACAGAUGACCAGAGUACAGCUUCAAUGUGUACUCAGGUGACAUCUGAAACCCGUGCUCAAGUAGAGUUAACAGAAAGUGAGCAGUUUUUUCGCGCUAAUGGACCCACUGAAGUAGAUUAUGUGCCUGAGUACGACGAUGAGGAAGUACGAGGUGCGCGGCCAGCUGUAGCCCCUAUUGUACCUGCUUUUCAAGAAGCUGCAGGAGCUAUAGCUGGCCCUUCAGAGGGCCCACAGAAAGUUGUCAUUGUUGAAGAAUGUUACGAAACCGAAGCCGAUCAAGAAUAUGGCCAAAUGAUGAGAGAGAGUGAAUACUCAGAACUGGCAGAGGCUGAGCUUCAGUAUUCUCUAGAAGAACAACCUGAAGCAGAGAUGAGCAGUAUGUUAGUGAUUGAAGAGCCAAUUGAACGGCCAAGAACACCAGAACCUGGCUUUAUACCCUCAUCCCGUCCUACAUCUAUGAUCAUCCAAUCUCCUGAAGAACCUGAAGAAUUCACUGAAGUAGAUAAAAGGUUUAGUGCUGUAUUUUCUACUACUUAUGAAGAGAGAGAUGAAGGUAGUCGUUCAUCAGUUUCAGAUAUGAUGAGUAUAGAUGUACCAGACAUAACUGUCACAGAGCAUACCUUACCUAUGCCAAGUCAGUAUUGUUAUCCAGAUCUUGAACGUGAGGAGGACUUUCCCGAGUGUCGAGCACUAGCAGAAGCAGAAGACCGAGGACCGGAUAUUCCAGCUACUCCGGGAUCUCAGGAAUCUGCAUCCACUUGUGCUUCACGCAAGUCGUCCUCGACUGACUCGGAGCAAGGUAGAGAGUAUUGCUUAGAUGACAUGGCACAUGGCCCAUCAUUUGGGUCUUUUGAAAUGGUGGAGGCUGACGAAAUUGAUGAUUUUUCAGAAUAUGAACGAACACUAUACAUGCAUGAAGAACGCAUGAUGGAAAUGUCACAAAUCAAGCGUCUUAGUAGCUCUCCGAUACCAAUUCCAACUCAGUUAAAGGCUGUCAAGAUCGACAAUUCUAACACACCCAGUGAAUCUCAGGCUAGUGAUGAGACAGAAGACCCAGAUGAGACUGGUGAUCCAUCCAUUGAAGAACAGAGAAGGUGGCUAGAGCUCCAGUUUGAGGAGAGUGAUGUAGCUAACUAUGAAUACCAGCAAACUGGCUUCAUAGAACAUGUAUACUCUGGUCCUCUUGAGGACAUUGAAGAAGAGAGGGAAGAUGCAGAACGGAGAGAUCUUUCACACAUCACAAAGAAUUCAUCACUCUCAUCAACUCCAGAAUAUGAUGUUCUGGCUGGUAGGAAGUUUUUCACUCGCAGUGGGGAACACGAUGAUGUUUCCAUGACUUCCCUCCAGGAAUUUGAAAAUCUUGAGCAACAAGUUGCUGUUGAAGCUAUAGCAAGGAGAGCUAGUUCAGGUUCACAGGAAUCUUUAAAUGGCAAGAGACCUGAGAGUAAGAGUGGGCAUGGUGAUGAUAUAUCUGUGGGGUCUUUUGCUUCGCUCCAAGAGUUUGAACGUCUAGAAAAAGAAUGUUUAAUUGUCGAACAAAUAGAAAGGAAAGCUCAGGAAGAAGCAGCAAUGCUUUCAGAGAUAGAAGAGGGGCAUGAAAGCCAAAUGUCAGAAUCUGAAAGUUGUGAGACACUCUCAGAACCUGGACGUGCUUCAGUUGAGGGUGAGGAGUAUGACCAGAGAUUGUUUGAGAUAGAUGAAAUUAUACGCCAGGCACAAGAUAAUGUAGAGAAGUUUGAUAAAAGUAAGGCUGAAUACGAAGGUGUGAGACUACAAGAUAUUGUGAGUGUAGAUGGAUCUGGUUCAGGUAGCAGCCAUGCUGAUCGCACUCCAAGUGUAGGUCGUGAAGAAGGUGAUGCAGACUCUUUAGAAGAGGCUCAGCUGCCAGAAUUAGAUCUUGAUCAGACUGGUGUUACGAGUUUAGGAAGCUCUGCCAAACAGGAUACCAUGAGCAUGAGUGCCGACAGUAUUGAAGCAGCUCCCAAGCAUAAGGUACCUCGUGAAACAAGUCAGGAUUCUUUAGAAAAGGCGGAAGCUCGUUCUUCUGACCCCAUGACUACUAGUGUAGAUAGUAUUGAGUUUGUGAGUCGUCAGGAUGUUAUGACUACUAGUACGGACUCCAUAGAGGCCCGUAGAAGACGUCCAGAUGCAAUGAGUGCAUCCACAGAUUCCAUUGAACCCAGCAGGCGUGACAUCAUGGCCACCAGUAUAGAUAGUCUAGGCAGGGAUGAUUCUAGUGGUAGAGAUGCAGAUAUCAGUUCAGGAAGUGAGCAAGUGAGACCUCUGCCCAGGGACGGUGGAGUGAUGGAGUGCAGUCUGGAGUCUUUGGAACCCACUUCAUCCCAGGCCACACAUGCAACUUAUCAAUAUGAUACAGACUCUAUUAUGUCAGGCUCCUUCACUAGUGGCUGUUCCAACACCCUUGUUGCAUCAACAGAUGAUUUUCCAGAUAUGAUGACCUCUUCCAUGUACAUUCCAGAAGGUGAAUUGCCACCAGAAAGUGAAGAGCAAUAUAUUAGAUAUAUGCAGGCCAGUGGUGGCACAGCAACUGAAAUAGUCCAACCAUCAAGUGAGGAAGGUUACUCUCAUACUGUCACACGUGUAGUUAGACUACAGCCAGAGGCAAAACAGAUAACCUUUACAGGACCUGAUGCUCAAAAGAAAAUGGAAGAAUACAUGCAAAGUUUUAAUGCUGGAGAACAUACCACCCAGGAGGAAGCAGUAGAUGCUCAGGGCAAUGUCCAUAUCCGUCGUGUAACACAAAAACGUAUAGUAACAGAUCCAAAGGAAACAAAAGAACAUGGAUUUUCUGUGGCGGAUCCAAGUGUAGAGGAGUUAGAAACCCGUGACGAACACGGUAAUGUAACACGUAUUGUGAAACGAACUGUUGUCACCACACAUACAGUUGAGGUUGAUCUCGAUACUGGUGAACCAAUAGUGCAGCCUCCUCCCACCACUGUCUCCUCCCCAGCCGCAUCCUUCUCCUCCCGUAUUCCUCGUCCAGUGACCAGUCCUCCUCUAGCCUCCCGGUCACCCCCUCCUGGUCCGCCCCCUGGGUCGCGCGGCCCCCGUGAGCCCGUCCUCCCCUCCCUGGAGCCCAACACAGUCUCAGACGUUGUGCAGCCGGACAGUGGAGCGGGGGCGCGGCAGGCGCCAGGUGUAGGAGUCGAUGAGAUGAGCAGUGUGAUGGAGAGUUACACCAGUGAUGGUAGUGACCCCAUAACCACCACCCAUACCACCAGGAUCAUCAGGAGGACGGAAGUCGAAGACGGGGAAGUGAAGGAAGACGUGUAUGAAGAAUACUGAAGAGGAAGACAUCCGCAAGAGUUUAUUAAGGAGGGCUUUGAGAAGGAAGCAACUUAACGAGUGUGAAUUCCUCUCAGCCCUCCUUAUGCGCCCAUCUGCCUUCCUGCCUACCCUUAAAACUGCCAUCACUCCACUACCAACACUACUCCACUGUCAACGCCACGACCUGUAUUGUCUUUCCGGGUCCUCCAACAUAUCCAUAAUAAGGAUUUUAUUGUGAGGCCUUAAGUUAUCCUCACAUACAUGUCCAUUGAUCCGCUCUUCAGUCCCAGUUGUAAUAGAUGGCUUUACCCUACACAUAUAGUCCACCUAACUUACAUUUUGUUUCUGAUAUCUGGAGAACACUAUCCUCUAGUACCAAUAGGGAAUUUUUGAAGAAAAGGUCAGUGGUUCAACUGUAGUUUAUGACAUGUCGGUUGUCAGAGGAUCUAGUCAGGACCGAUAACGCUCGAGAGAAAUUAAAGAUUUUUUAAUGUUAUGAGUGAGAAAUUUUAAUGUUUGUGACCUUUUAUUGUAAUAACAUGAUCAAGUAGUGUUGUCAGCUAAAAUGUCCUUUAUUCAUUUAUGAGUUACAUCAUAUAAUUUCAUUGAAAGCCAUUUUUGAAAGAUGUCCACGAAUGAUCACACAUUUGUAAAGGUGCACACACCCUAUUUGAGCUGUCAAGGUGUUUUUAGGUUAAGUGCCGUUCUCCCUGUGACGUGGCGUGUUUCAUCCUAGUAUGACACUGAUUAAUAUUGUUAAGAAUACUUAUUGCCGAAGACAUGUCAUGUAUUAUAACUAAACCUGUAGCCACGGGACGAGACAUAGGAGGUUUCAAUAGCAGCUAUGUAAUCAUUUUACUAUUCCGGCUCUUAGAUUGGUAGAGUGUUACUAUUGUGGCUUAUGAAACAUCCAGUUAUGGGCAUGUUGAAUGUAAGAUAGCUAUAAUAUUUCCACAUAAGAUUCGUGUAACACACCCACAAAAUAUAUCUCAUUUGUAAACAACUUGUGGCGAGAUUGAUUACUGCGAGCCUGGGAUGGGGUCUAAAUAUGGCUUAAAUAGGAAAGUAAACUGUAUAGUCACCUAGCAUAAAGGUCAAAAUCGCAGCUUUCGUCAUACUUGUUACCCUCAUGGUCAUAAGUGGAUGAAAAAAAAUAUGAUAAUGCCUUAGCACCUAUUCCUAGAUACUCUCUGGCCAUCAGUUGUUAUUAUCUUUCAUUCUUUUGAGUUGGUCUUGACUUAGGCUGGACCAAGUGACAGGGAAGAGGCCUGCCCUGUGUUAGUAUCUCAAAGGCCUGUUCCCAGUCCUCCGGGUUUAAUUCAAGACUUGGUAGCUCCGAAUAUUGUGGUCACUUAUCAAGUUUUCAAUAAAUGCUUAAUGUGA